AUGCACUGCCACGGGACUCGAGCCAGGGCGGCAUGUGUCCAGAGACCGGUGGUGUCAACUAAUGUGGGCAUAUGGUUCGAUUUAGAUCCGAUCUCCCAAAAACCAUCCCUCGCUGGCCUGCCUUUGGCCAAAAUGUCCUAUUUGAGUCAAGAGACGGAGAGAGGCUGUGUGGUGCCUGUAAUUCGGGGCAGUGGGCAUGGCAGAAGUGAUACCAAACAGCUCUUGUGCUGCCGCCUCUCCUGA